AUGGCACAAAUCUUGGCCCCUUCUCCACAAUGGCAAAUGAGGAUUCCUAAGUGCUCAGUGGAUGCUAGUCCAUUGACUUCCAAGAUGUGGAGCCCACUUGUGUUGAAACAGAACAGCAGCAAAGGUGCAGUUAAGACUUCUGCCAAGUUUAGAGUGUUUGCCCUUCAAUCAGAUGGUAGUACAAUUAACCGGGUGGAGCAAUUGCUUAAUCUGGAUGUUACUCCAUACACUGAUAAAAUCAUUGCUGAAUACAUCUGGAUUGGAGGAUCAGGGACUGAUGUCCGUAGUAAAUCAAGGACUAUCUCAAAGCCAGUUGAGCACCCAUCUGAGCUCCCUAAGUGGAAUUACGAUGGUUCAAGUACAGGACAAGCACCGGGAGAAGACAGUGAAGUUAUCUUAUAUCCUCAGGCGAUUUUCAAGGAUCCUUUCCGAGGGGGAAACAACAUUCUGGUUAUAUGCGACACUUACACACCAGCUGGUGAGCCCAUUCCAACGAACAAGCGUCACAAAGCUGCUCAGAUAUUUAGUGACCCCAAAGUUGUUUCAGAAGUACCAUGGUUUGGGAUUGAACAAGAAUAUACCUUACUCCAGAAAGAUGUAAACUGGCCUUUGGGUUGGCCCGUUGGAGGCUACCCUGGUCCUCAGGGUCCAUACUACUGUGGUGCUGGAGCAGAUAAGUCAUUUGGAAGGGACAUAUCAGAUGCUCACUACAAGGCUUGCUUAUAUGCUGGUAUCAAUAUUAGUGGCACCAACGGAGAAGUUAUGCCUGGGCAGUGGGAAUUUCAAGUAGGUCCUAGUGUGGGAAUUGAAGCCGGAGACCACAUUUGGUGUGCUAGAUACCUUCUUGAGAGAAUCACCGAACAAGCUGGCGUUGUUCUCAGUCUUGAUCCUAAACCGAUUGAGGGUGACUGGAAUGGUGCAGGAUGCCACACCAACUACAGUACCAAGAGUAUGAGAGAAGAUGGAGGUUUUGAGAAGAUAAAGAAAGCAAUUCUCAAUCUGUCCCUACGACACAAGGAGCACAUUAGUGCUUAUGGAGAAGGAAAUGAAAGAAGGUUGACUGGAAAACAUGAGACUGCUAGCAUCAACACAUUUUCUUGGGGAGUCGCAAAUCGUGGAUGUUCAAUUCGUGUGGGGCGUGACACUGAGAAGAACGGGAAAGGUUAUUUGGAAGACAGGCGUCCUGCUUCCAACAUGGACCCUUACGUCGUGACAGGAUUACUUGCCGAAACUACAAUCCUAUGGGAGCCUACACUUGAGGCAGAAGCUCUUGCAGCUCAGAAACUUGCAUUGAAGAAAGGCUGUGAUCAAACAAAGACAAAUUCGAAGGCCAUGGCAUCAGGAGUAGGCAAAUCAGCAGCAUUCACCCUUCUCAUUCUCAAUUGCUUUCUGUAUUUCGUCGUUGCUGCGCUCUCAGGAUGGGCAGUAAAUCACGGGAUUACAAAAGCUCGCGAAACUGCUUCUCAGCUGACAAUCCCGGCGCAUAUAUUUCCUAUAUACUUCCCCGUUGGGAACAUGGCAACCGGUUUCUUGAUCAUUUUCUCCCUCAUAGCCGGUGUUGUGGGAUUCGUUUCCUCAAUUUCUUCAAUGCUAAAUGUCAUUCAAUGGAAUCUCCCUAACUUGCACUCAGCUGCAGCCACAUCUAUGAUUACUUGGCUACUUACACUACUCGCAAUGGGGGUGGCUUGCAAAGAAAUACGCUUGGGACGGACUGAAUCAAACUUGAGGACCUUAGAGACCAUGUUGAUCAUUCUGAGUGGGACACAAAUGUUUACUACUGGUGCCAUUCAUGCAGGGAUUGAAGAUCUUAUUGCCAGAGAGGAGAUCAUCAGAGGACGCUUAUAG